CGGCAACAUGGCGGAUUGCGGCUGAUCUCAGAAACGUCUACUACUAGAGAAUGGUAGAAACGUAUUAUAUCGGUGUCGAUGUCGGCACCGCAAGUGUAAGGGCAGCUCUCGUCUCUAGUAAUGGCAAGAUCGUAUCAUCAGCCAUCCGGCCUUUAAAAAUAUGGAAAUCCCAGCCGAACUAUUUCGAGCAAUCGUCUGAAGAUAUAUGGGGAAAUGUCUGCACAGUGGUCAAGGUAGUUGUUACUCAAUUUUAUGAUCUGGGACCACCGGAAGAGGGGGGCGGGGAGUUGAGUGCGGAGCAUGGGGGUGUGCCACACCCUUCUCAAAAUCCUUGUUUUAAUACUGCCUUUCAAUUUUACUUUUUCUUGUAUUUCUGGGGAUAGCAAGGCCUUUGAACUGCCACCUCCCUCCUGCGAAAAGGUAGUAAGUAUUCAGGAAAAAUAAUCUACCUUUAAAACCUAGUUGUGCUCCUAAUUUUACGUAUUUGUAGGAAGUUUCUUCUUCAAUAAGCAGUGACAAGGAUUUCAUUCAGAAGAUAAAGGGCAUUGGUUUUGAUGCAACAUGCUCAUUGGUUGCUCUAGACUCAGCUGGGGAUCCUGUGACUGUCAGCCCAACACAGGAUAACCAACGAAAUGUGAUAAUGUGGCUGGAUCACCGAGCAAUUGAUCAAGCACAGAGGAUCAAUGACACAAAGCAUGAAGUACUGUCUUAUGUUGGGGGAUCUAUUUCACCAGAAAUGGAGAUGUCUAAAUUGCUUUGGUUGAAAGAGAACUUACCUGUGAAGUGUUGGAAAAAAUGUGAUCUUUUCCUGGAGCUGCCAGAGUUUCUCACUGACAGAGCUACAGAUAAUCCAACAAGGUUAGCAUUUUACGAUCCAAGAAAUCCAUGAACCAGAAAAUUCCCCAACAUCAUCUCAAAAGAAGAAUGUUAGUUGAUCCUUAAAUGUGGUAGUUUUACCUAUGCUAUCUAUCUUAAUCCAGCCUGUGAGCAAGAUAUCUGGUGGGGCUCUAGAGAGGCAGGGUGCUCUGAGAGUAGUGGACAGCAGAGAGCUUGCUCGCAGGCUGUUCUUCAUCUUGUUAGAUGUGUUCAUUUCAGAUAUAUUACAAUAUUUUGUUUCCUCAGAUCCAUGUGUUCACUUGUUUGUAAAUUCAAUUACAUGGGUCAUAACUCACAGUUGCAUGAAGGUGAGUAGACUGCUUUCAUGCCAACAAGCAAUGUAUUGGUUUAGAAGAAGUCACAUCUUGACCACCCACCCCUCAUUGCAUGGUUUCUUAUCUAGUCUCAGGGGCGUAGCUAGGGGGGUCCUGGGGUGCCUGUGACCCCCCCCCCCCCCCCCCCCUUCGAGGAAGGGGAUGGUACUGCUUUCAUGCCAACAAGGAAUGUUUUUGUUUAGAAGAAGUCACAUCUUGACCACCCCCCCCUCAUUGCAUGGUUUCUUAUCUAGUCUCAGGGGCGUAGCUAGGGGGGUCCUGGGGUGCCUGUGCCCCCCCCCCCCCCUUCCUGAUAGGCCUUCUGUUGAGCAAACAACCUACAAUAUUCAGGUGGCAAAAAUGCCAUGACAAUAUCUUGGCCGUAAAAGCCAUUGUUAAAAGCCCACUUUUUUAAAAUUUGUUUUUUUGUAAAGUAUUUUCGUCAACAGCUCUUGUCUUUAGUUAAUAUGGGCCUUCAUGCCAUGAUAAUAUGACUGAGCCCACUGAUACACGAGGGAAAGCAGCAGUAUAAACCAUAUAUAGUCUGCGAUCCCCGGAUGGUGUCCCUGUCUGUGACCCCCCCUUUGAAAAAUCCUGGCUACGCCCCUGAGCCUUGCUCCAACCCACACCCCAGAUCUGUGAUGCGCUUUGAUACAUAUAUGUGUUGGUUAAUAUUGGCAGGUUCAUCUAACAGUGGCUGGGUGGAUUCCUUUUUAAAGAUCAUUGGUUUGGAAGACCUCGUUGAUACUGAGUACUCCAAACUUGGUAAGUUAGUUUGCAUACAUGACAGAAAUGUAGUUCCUUGUGCCAUUCUUGCAAUAUACUACAUCUACCAGGACAUUUUGUCAUUUAACUCUCACUUACCCUGCUCAAGCAACUCUUUCUGAAAAUCUCCUGAAAAUGUUUACUCUGUAUACUCUUAUCCCUAGGAUGCAAAGUAAGCAGUGGGGGUGAGCCAGUCGGCAACGGUCUGACACUCAGAGCUGCAAAUGACUUAGGAUUAUGGGAAGGCAUGCCAGUUGGCACCUCGCUGAUUGAUGCACAUGCAGGGGGACUGGGUAAGAGUGGUUACCAUAGUUACUGCAUAAACAGUGGUUGAUUCUUCUUCUCAUAGCUGUAUUCUCCUUCUUUUAUUUUAUGAAGGUGUGAUUGGUGCGGAUUUAAGUUUGCUCCUUGGCGAGAACGUACCUUUAACUUCUCGCCUAGCUAUCAUUUGUGGGACAUCAUCUUGUCAUAUGGCUGUAAGUAUUGCUGUGAUUUGUUACCAAAAAGUUACGUUUCUCAUCAACCUUCUGCCUAGGUUUCUCCUCUUCCUUUCCCCUGGAGUGAUUUAGAGGGAGAUAAAAAGAGAAGCUCUAGAUACUAAUAACGAGGUUAAUCCUUUAAGUGCCAAGAGUGGUCAAUGCCAAUUUUCUCUUAACGAUAUCAAUAUAUAACCAAGAGAAAAAGGUACAACUGUAAUAAAUAUAAUGAUCACUUACAGGAAAAUGCUUUGAUCUUUUAUCAAAUCCUCGUAAUGUAUGAAGAUCAGUUUAGAGAAAUAGUAUUUAGAUGCUCGGACUCAAAGGAUAAAUUUUGCAUAAAAUUAAUGGAGCUAUUUUUCUGUGCUUCAGAUCAGUCAAGAGCCAGUGUUUGUUCCAGGAGUCUGGGGGCCAUACUAUUCUGCCAUGGUGCCAGGCCUGUGGGUAAAUGAAGGUGGCCAAAGUGUUACUGGGAAACUGGUAAGAGUAGAAAGCAAUGGAAAUGAAGUUUUAUUUUGGCCUGCUGACUGUUAUGUAGGUUUUUGUACUUUGAAGGCAGUGGGGUAGGAUAUACGUGAUUAACUCUAUUGCUCACACCUCAGAUUGUAGUUAGAUUAACAACUGUUGCUAAGGAGCCAUUUUGUUGUGAAAUUAACAGAUUGAUCAUGUUAUAGAGACACAUGUUGCAUAUCCAGAACUGAAAGAAAAAACUGAAAAAAGGUUAGAUACAUCUUCUUUGUCUCUAAAUCAUUCCUUUUGCAUUUUGUUUGUUUGGAUAUUCAGGACUUCAGUUCUAAGAUCAUUGCAUGAGUGCUGUGGGAUAUUGUUUUUUCUUGCCCCUUGGACAGGUGCAGUCUUUAAAAAAAUAACCAGUGGCCAAUAAUGAAAUGGAACUUAGGCAAGCAUCCCAUCUACGAACAAAUACCGAUACUUCUAGUUCCUUAAUGCCACAAAAUCUUGGUUGAGCUGUGGUUGUGUGGGUGUCCUGUGGCUCCUACACGACUUCAAGGUUAAAACCGUUGGCGUGACAUAACUUCUUUAUUGAAUUCUUUCAGUGGUUCCUCCAUUUACGAAGAGUUGAACAGACACGUGACUGCUCUGGCUGAGAAACGACAACUUACGAACGUAGCAUUGUUAGCGCAAAAUACCCACGUGAUACCAGAUUUCCAUGGUAACAGAUCGCCGAUAGCUGAUCCAUCCAUGACUGGAAUGGUAAGCAGUUUAAGAAGUGUUUUUCGCCACUAACAAUAAACGCCAACGCUAAAUUUGAAACUAGUCGCUUGCGCAAAGUAUAGAUUCUCUUAUUGUCACGCCUACCAUAGCAAAGUAUUCACCGUUUUUGCCAUCAUUAGAAGGAAAAACGUGUUGUAGUUAUGGAGUAAUAUAAAUGUUUAGUAGUGGUGUCUGAAAGAAAUCUGGAUCCUGGUUGAUUUUGAUCCUCCCUGGAGCAAUUAUUGAGCCGUAAAUGCAUAAUUGAAAUUCUUCCUGAAAAGAAGUCCUGCGGACUUUAUUUUUCUUUCAGAUUUGUGGAUUAACCCUCGUGACUGACAUAGAUAGUCUUGCUGUUCUGUAUCUAGCUACGCUACAGGCGCUUGCAGUAAGUAACAUAAACUAUGUCAACUUGACUACAGAGACCAUUUGUUACAGACUAAGUGUUAAGUAAAUGGAAUCGAGGUGAAAUACGAGGGGAUCCCAGGGGUCCUGACUCGCCCCACCCCCUCCGAAGUUUCCAUCAUACAUCCUUCUCACAUCUUGAACUCUGCACUUCUUCUAAGAUAGAAGGGUGGAGAUGAUAGUAGAUGAAAAACACAGGUUUUCAAAGUUACAAAAAAUUUGUGUCUGUAACUAGGUCUCCUUUACCCGACAACAAAGGCUUGGAGGCUUAGAUUGAUCAUGAAUCACCCACUUGAAAACCAUUAUUGUGGAACCUUAUGGUGUAUAGUCCGUGUUGGCAGUAGUAAUGAAAGAUAAAUUUGUCUGGUUCGAAGUCUCAACGUGUAUUAGUAAAAAUACAUUUUGUACCACACCACUUUUGAGCUAACUAGGACGACACCUUAGUCGCUUUGAAUUAGUCAUUGCAUGUUGCCACUCCCUUUUACACCCUCACUCUUAUCCAACCAUUCCUGUUGCUUGUUCUACACGUGUUUAUUAUGGCUGUUGCUUUUUUUCAUUUUUUCAGCAUGGUACUCGCCACAUCAUUGAAAGCCUGAACAAAGCAGGACACUGCAUUACCACUCUCUUCCUUUGUGGAGGUCUCAGUAAAAAUGAGUUGUUUAUUCAAACUCACGCUGAUGUAACAGGUCAGUUCCAUUGAAAGUCGAGCAAAGGGUUUCAAGUGUGAUAUUGCUUGAUAAUCAAUAUUUGUAACAUUAUGACAGGAAAAUCACUAAAAGAUGGCAGAGACUGCCAAUACCAGUAGGAACUACGAGAAAUAACAUUUGACUUAUUUCUUAGUAGCUUUUGUAAGAAUAUUUUAAAAAGUAUAAAAAAAAUAUUUUUUCACAGGACUGCCCUGCGUGCUGCCGCGUGAAAGUGAGUCUGUGCUUGUGGGCUCAGCUAUCUUGGGAGCAUACGCAUCAGGCGAUUUUUCCUCCGUUCAGGUUAGCUAGUGAUUUAACAGAGUAAUUUUCUUCUCCAAAUCGGUAGUGGUGUUGAGCUGCGGGCACACCUACCCAACCCUAGCGCAACAGUUUGCCCUGACUAAGAACAAGUAUUGUUAACUUUGGGUUAGGGAGGGAGGGGGGCAUUUGGGGUGGGUGGUGGGUAGUUAGAUAGGUAGGCAGUUUUUCAGAACCUCACCGAGUUGCAAACACUGGACACCUAAAGUUGGUCUCUGCCCUUCGUCAGUCUUUGUCUUUUACCCUUCUAUAAGACGGUCACAUUUCUAAGAUAGACACUCACUAUUGGUUCCAGGGAUGACCCUCUUAUAGAGAUUUGCCUGCAUGUGGUCUGACGCUUUGAAAGUAACUGGGAUACGGAGAUAAAAACUCUUAUUGGACAAGUAACACAUCUAGAAUGGGUUGUACUGUCGACAUUUUUUUUUUCGUAACCUCAUUUGCUGUGUUUGAUUCCAAAGGAGGCCAUGAAAAGCAUGAAUGCAGCAGGCAAACUGGUGAUGCCACAAGACAUACUCAAACAGUAAGAAAUAAUAAAAUACUACUUACCUUCAUAUAGAACGUUUUUUCUCUCUCCUUGAAAAUCCAAAAUGUUAUCUUGUAUCCUUUUCUUGUAUCCAAACACCGAGAAGAGAGUGUUUCAUCCGAUAUUCCAACUCUGACAAAUACUAUAUCAAACACGAGAAAGAGUGUUUCGCCUGGUAUCGCAUCACUGAGUAGUGGUAUACUCAAACACGUGAAGGAGUGAUUCAUUUGAUAUCCAAACAUCGAGAAAUGAUAUACAACAAAUGAGAAUGAGUCUUUCACCUGAUAGCCAGACACCGAGGAGUGACAUCAAACACGAGAGGGAGAGGGAGUGUAUGAUUCGAUAUCCAGAUACUCUGUAGCGACAUAUCAAACAUGAGAAGGAGUGUUUUAUCGGAUAUCCAAAAAAAACAAGAAGUAGAUCGAGAGUGUACAAAAAACAUUGUUUGGAUUUGAGGUUAUAGAAUAACAGAUGAAACACUCUCUCGUUUGUUAAAUAAAGUUUCUCUCAAAGUUGUUGGGUGAGAAUUAAGGAUCUCAAUACCAAAAUUCGUUCGUGCUAGGGAUUUAUUUUGAUGUUCAGUCGUGAAUUAAUAAAAAGUUGACAGAGUUUUCUCCUUCUCUUUGUUCGUUUCUCUCUAUUUAAGGAAGCAAUUUUUUAACUACUUACGCUAAUUCCAGGUAUUAUGACAAGAAGCACCAAGUGUUUCUACAAAUGCUGCAGAAUCAAGUGGAGUAUUGCACAUUGAUGAACAGUUAACUUUUUCAUUCUUAACGAUAUCAAAGUAAAAACUGAAGACAUCUCAAGUAUUGCUGGACUGGUUUUAUUUGAAUGGUCAUGGCGCAGGAUUUCCUCCUCGGACGCAGACAUUAAAAACUACUUUGUGUUUCUGUACAGUGUCUCAUUCUGUCACGCAACCAUAGGGUGCGUGACGAGUGAUCGGAGUCACGACAUUCGUGACAUUGGCCGGCAAAUUCUCUUCUCGCAAAACCAAAAAAAGUUGAUAGAUAUAUCUUGUUAUUGACGAAAUUUAUUGUUGGAAUAUUCCUAGUCCAUUUUUUGUGGACCUCUAACCUCAAGUGUUAACACAGUACACUCACUCCCAGUUUUAGGGCAUAUGCAAUUUGAGAGAAAUCUCCAUUUUUAGGGGACUGUCUUCUUGAUUCCACACAAUUCAUUCUUUGUUACGCAUGCGUAACUGGUGAGUAAAUCCCCAUUUGACAAAAACAAUAACAUAGCAGUCACUGUGAUUACUGUGCACAACGCGCAUGCUCUGGGAGCCUGUAAAGACAAACAGGGCAUUUUCGUCCUCAGAGCCCGUCUUUUCUUUCGGUCACGUUGUGUUAAGCCGAGAGGCUCUGGGGACGAGAAUGCAAUCAGAAUUUCACGCCAAAAUGGC